AUGCGAGCUACCUCUCUCCUCCGGCAAGCUGCGGCUGCCCGCACUCCCCUGAUCAGAUUCGUCGGCAAGCGAGCACACCCUGAAACCACCGACACCGCGCCCCGCGCCCACCCAGCCUCGCCCCUCAGCGAACUGCCCGACUCGUUCAUGAAAUACCGCUCGCGCGCCCAGCAGCACGGCCCGCUCAACAGCCCGCCCAACCGCGCCGCCGCCGGCGCUGCCGCCUUCUUGUACGCCGGCGUCAUCGGCAGCAACACCGGCGCCUCGCUGGGCUCCGUGCAGCCCAAGCACGGCGAGUUCUUCGACCGCAGCCAGCUGCCCGCGCGCUUCCAGCGCGUGCCGUGGUCGCAGGCCGAGAUCGACGCUGUCGAGACCGGCGGCGCGAGCAUGUUUGUCUAG